GAGCUACUCCGGUCAAACUGAGUGCUGAGUUGAGCGAUGGAGUCGUCGGCAGCUGAUGGAAGCGCUGCAGCACUCUUGGACUAAUAAGGCUCGCCCAGGAAGCAGCCUGACCCAUUGGCAGUGAAUGGUCUUUCCUUUUCAUAAGAAUUUGGAUUUUACCCAGUUUACCAUGAAGACGCGUUUGAUUUUGGUCGUUGCGCCCUGUGGUUAUCCAAACAGCCAAACUCACUCCGCGAGCGGGCGCCGGGGCAUGUGCCCAGGACGUUUUAUACAGCGCUGAUCCAGGUCUCGGUGGGAAAUUCGGAAUAUUCUUCCCUCAGCCUUCGUGGUAGAGGUCGUGUGUUUUCUUUUUGUCAUAAGAGGAAAAUAUUAAGCAACCAUGAGGUUUGUGUCGGCGAACUUACUUGCCCUGUUUUUGCUGUGCACUUGUUCGUGUGUGCUCUACGUCUGGAGCAGACUAGAAGACAGGCUGGGAAGACAAAAACGGGGGUUUCAUGGAGCAGGAGCUCUUUUCGCUUACAGUAAAUCUGCGGACCUUUCUGCAAGAACUUUCCGAGCACUUCUCACUGUCCCAGCCGCUCAGAAAUCGCACCACUAUAACAGAAUAGACAGUCAUAAUUCCAGUAAUACCAAGGAGAAACCUGCUAAUAUAGUAAAGAGGAAUUACCAUACACAUGUAACUAAAAUGACAUCGAAUAAACGAGACGCCCUGCGUUUUAGCGAGAUAAUUGAAGACGGAAUAUUUUGGAGUCAGAGACUGGACGAUCAUCUCCCCGUAGGCUUUAGUGAAGAACAUGCCCGGACGUGGAGACAGAGAGCCCGGGGCAACCUCGUUGUCUCACUGGAGUCAGGCUGCGGCAGGGUUUCUAACCAGCUGGCCACUUUUUCAGACGGCAGUAAAGCAUGUGUGCGUUAUGGGAUAAACGCGGACCAGAUACAAGGAGAAACUUUGUCCUAUUACUUGGCUAAUCUCCUCGGCAUCACAAACAUACCGCCAAUCAUCCUCUCCCGACUGGACGUUGACGGCGAACAAUGGGGCUCUGUGAGGCAGAGAGUUGAUGGCUUGCAGUGGUCGGCGGGAGCAAUUGUGUCCCUAACUGAAUGGGUCGCAAACCUCACAGGAGUCGUUACACCUGCACCUCUGCGGCAGGAGAGCAGGGGUCUUCAUCCUUUGUUGCCGGAGCUUGAGAACAAAACUAUUGCGGGACUGCUCGAGCUUGUACAGUGGACUGAUCUAAUAAUAUUUGACUACCUAACAGCGAACUUCGACAGGCUGGUUAGCAACCUCUUCAGUCUGCAAUGGGACGCCCGGGUAAUGGAGAGGGAUACCAGCAACCUCCUGAGAACACCAAGCGGGGAUUUGGUUUUCAUUGACAAUGAAGCCGGCCUGGUGCACGGGUACCGGGUGCUGGACAUGUGGGAGCGGUACCACAGCACCGUCCUGAGCUCAGUGUGUUUGUUCCGAAAGGCGACAGCGCAGCACAUCAUAGAUUUACACCGCUCCAGAGAUACACGGAUGCGGCUGCUCGAGCUCUACCGGGACAGGGAGCCUUUAGCCACAGAACUGGGCUUUCUGUCCGACGAGCAUGCACGGACAUUGCAAAAUCGUAUCGACAGACUGUACAAACACAUACUGAAUUGUAAAGACAAGUACAGUCAGUUAUAAACACGGCAUAUUGCUGUGGAAACACCCUUACUGGAAACGGACAUGAGGAAAAAGAACAUUAACAUUUUAGUCCUACCAUAAAAGUAUGAAUAUCUGACUGACUACCUCUUGUUGGGGAACAUAAUGUAUUUAUGGUCUCUGCAUUUGGCGCAAGUGAAGAUUUUUUAUUAUUAUUUAAUCAAGCCUUAAAUGUAUAUAUAGAUUUGCAAAAAGGGCAUAGAAGGUUUUGUGGUCCCUAUUGCUCAGUGAUGCUAUGUAGUGGGGAGAUGUGAAUCUGAGUGUGAUUUGUGCAGCCAACUCAAGUUUCGAAACACUGUGUUCUGUUGUAAGGAACAAAGUGGCUUUUUAACUGUCACAUCAUCAUAAAGCGUUUUACUACAUAACUUUUACAUUUAGUAUAUGAGAACAGUUCACAUGGAAAACAUUAACUUAAAUUCCUCUUUGGACAAAUAGUGAGGUAAACGUUAGCUUUACACCAAAUCUAUGCUCUUUUAUUAUUCACCACUGUCUGUUUUGCACACUUUCAGUUUUAUAAUUGUCUGAUUUAUUGUCCAGAAUCGCUUACUGAAAAAUCACAACCUCAUAUUGAGUGAACAUUUCCUGGUGAAAUUCUGGCUUUUAGUCUUAACGCUGCAACCACAUUUUUUGUUUUGUUUCAAUUCCUUGUGAAAAUGUCUCUAUUGUGAAAUUGAACUCCACUUGAACAUUCCAAGCCUUUUUCUUACUGAAUGAAAUUCUAGUUUCCUCUCUGCUAUUAAAACCAUUGGAGACGCAA